GAUCGUCGGGGUGCCUGAGUCAACCUUGGUUGCUAUGUAUGUUGCGGGGUUGAAACAACGAGUACAACGGAGGUCUAUCUCCGGGGACCUACUACUCUACCCGCGACAUUUGCUUUAGCCCGCGAAUUGUCGGCAUGCCAUCAAGAGUCCGCAGCGUCUCUCCUGGCCAUACCUCGUCGUGCAUGGCCUUCACGCACAGCCCCUGGGUCACCUUCGCCGCCGCCUUCUUCCGGUCUUCUGCUCACCCCGACCACGGCUCUACGGCUGUCCUCGGGGACCAUUUGUUUCCAGUGGAUCUUUAUCUCUUAGAGGUCCAUGGUCCAAACGUUGUCUUAGGCAUACAAUGGCUCCAAACUCUUGGACGGGUUUCACAUGAUUAUGGUAAUAUGACAAUGUUCCAACCAGUUACUCUUCGUGGGGAUGUUCCGGGGCCUAAACUGAUUUCAUUUGGGCAUCUCUGUACUUUGGCCUCAACAACCAAAGUGGUGGAAUUUUAUGAGGUCGUUCCCGCGCAUUUGCCCGACGUGGUCGCAUCUGAGGUUGCCCCGUCUCUGCCCACGGAUCUGCCAGCUAUUAUUCGCGAGGUGCUCCCUUCCCACCACGUGGUUUUUGGGGUAUCUACUUGCCUACCACCUGCCCGGGCAUGGGAUCACCGUAUUCAUUUGGUUAAUGGUGCCCCUAUCACUACCCAUACUUUCAGACGUCGGAAAUUGAGCGACAAGUGUGGGAGAUGUUGCAGCAAGGGCUUAUCUGUCACAGCCAAAGCCCUUUCUCUUCCCCCGUUUUACUUCUCCAAAUUAAUGGAAUACAAAUUCCGCAUUGAAUACAAACGGGGUUCGGCGAAUCGGGGCGCGGAUGCCCUAUCUCGGCGUGAAGAGGAGCUGGACACAGCCGCUUUCCAGGCCUUCUCUGUCCAGGCCAUUCCAAAGCUCAUGGAUGCAAUUCAGAAAGAAAAUAACACACUUCCGGACUUACAGACACUGCAUGCGUCCGUCCAAGCUGGUUCGGCCCCUGCCGAGGUUUGGGAUUCAACCUCCAUGGAUUUUGUGACGGGUGUGCCCCCAUCCCGUGGCUUCAUGGUAGUUGUCGACCGGUUGUCAAAGUAUACUCAUUUCGGUCCUUUAGCAGCAGGUUAUGAUGCUCCAAAAGCCGCUAAGUUUUUUGUUGAGAUAGUGGUGAAGCAUCAUGGUUUUCCAGGGGAUAUUAUUUCCGACUGCGACCCAAUAUUCUUAAGUCUGUUUUGGAAAGAGCUGCUGCGAUUGAGUGGUUCCUCGUUGAAGUAUAGCACAACGUAUCACCCCCAUAGAGAUGGUGAAACCGAGGUUGUUAACCGAAGCUUGGAACAAUAUCUACGGGCUUUUACAUACGAGCGACCGAUGCGCUGGGCAGCGGGAUCACCCAGUCCAAAGUGCAGCUCUACCCGCUGCGUUCUUGAAGGGACGGCCCAUCUCAGUCCCUGUGGCAGUGCUGGAUCAACGCAUCGUGCUAGUGGUUAUUUCGAUGGCUCCGAUGUUGAUGCUACCUGGGAACCUACCGUGGCACUACAGGAACAAUUUCCCACUCUCCGCCUUGAGGACAAGGCGACUUCCGUGGGCGGGGGAGUUGAUACUGUACAGGAGGAUGUGGAUGAUCCGAACAUUAACCCGACACAUACACGUCCAAGAAGGAACGUCGGGCCACCCCAAUGAUACCGAGAUUAUGUUUAAUACCUUCUUAAUAUUUUAAUAUUUUGUAAUCUAGAUUUUUACUAGCCCAUUUUAUUUGGGUUCCAUUUUUCUUUGGUGGAGGGCCCAAUUGUGUUUUUACUUUGUUGACUAAAAAAAAGGAGAGUAAAAAAAAGGGGCUGGGCAGUGGUGCACUUACGGACAGAGCAGAAAAGAAAAAAAAACAGAAUAGAGAGAGGAAAGGUGCUGGUGCAGAAUUUACAGACCAGCCGCACAAAUUCGAUCAUCUCAGGAGAUCCGACCGUUGGAUUGAGCUGAAAUUUUCAGAGGUUGUUCCCAACACUUAGGGCUUCAAUCUGUUCAAUUUUCACUUCAAUCGGAGCUACGGAUCUUCUGUAAUCGCAGCUGGUGCGACGCUGCGUUUUUGGGUGAUAAUCCUGAUUUUCCUUCUCUAUUGUUGGUGCCUCUUAUGUAUGUUGUUGUUGGUGGGCUGUGACAUCCUUGUAGACUGAGUUUGGGUGUUUUUACCCUCAAUUUGCAUAAUAAGAGAAGAAGAGGGCGGACUCCCUAUAAGUCCCGUGGUUUUUAUCCUUCACAUCGAAGGGGUUUUCCACGUAUAAAAAUCGUGUGUCGUUUGCAUCUUUAUUCUUCAUAUUUGAUUGUGGUUUAUUUGAUGUGCUGCUGAUUUUGUGUGCUUGGUUAAUCAAUUGUGGUAAAUUGGGUCAAGUGUUUGGUUGGUUGUCUUGAAGUUGAUCCUUGUAGGUGCAUCCUACUUGUUGCUUCUCUCCCAACACAAAGGCGGCACCUUCUCCUUCUUCGCCAACUGAUCCCCGCGGAAGUCGGGUAUCAGGAAUUAACCUAACUAACACCU